UUCCCCUAACCUCUAAGGCUGCGUGGCGCCGCGCUUCCUGGACUGGGGUCGUCGGCCACCGCGCUAUGCUCCUCGUCCUCUCCUCACUCUCCUGCUACAGAUCCCAGGUCCGUGCAGGCGUCCGGUGGGACAUGGCGAACUCGGGCGGCGAGGACCUCCGGAGCCAGGAAGGGGAGAGUUUUCUCUACUUCGCCUAUGGCAGCAACCUGCUGACGGAGCGGAUCCACCUCCGAAACCCCUCGGCCGUGUUCUGCAGCGUGGCCCGCCUGCAGGAUUUUAAGCUUGACUUUGGCAAUCCCCAAGGCAAAACUAGUGAAACUUGGCAUGGAGGUACAGCCACCAUUUUUGAAAGUCCUGGCGAUGAAGUAUGGGGAGUAGUAUGGAAAAUGAACAAAAGCAAUUUAAGUUCUCUAGAUAAGCAAGAAGGGGUUAAAAGUGGAAUGUAUGUCCCAAUAGAAGUUAAUGUUUCUACUCAAGAAGGAAAAGAAGUAACCUGUCGAAGUUAUCAAAUGACAAAUUAUGAGCGUGUUCCCCCAUCACCCCAGUAUAAAAAGGUGAUUUGCCUGGGUGCAAAAGAGAAUGGUUUGCCACUGGACUAUCAAAAGAAGUUAAACGCAAUAGAACCAAAUGACUACAAAGGAAAGGUCUCAGAAGAAAUUGAAGACAUUAUCAAAAAGGGGGAAGCAAAAACUCAUUAGAACCUAACAGAAUACAUCUACAGAUAUUUUCUCUAUGUGCUAAUACAUUUUUUUUUUUUUUUUUUUUUUUGCUGUACGCGGGCCUCUCACUGCUGUGGCCUCUCCCGUUGCGGAGCACAGGCUCCGGACACACAGGCUCCGCGGCCAUGGCUCGCGGGCCCAGCCGCUCCGCGGCAUGUGGGAUCUUCCGGGAUCGGGGCACGAACCCGUGUCCCCUGCAUCGGCAGGCGGACUCUCAACCACUGCGCCACCAGGGAAGCCCGCUAAUACAUUUUUAACAUUUAGAGCAGGGAUCUGGGAUAUCUCUCUGUUUAAUAUAUUUUCAACAGUGUUCUGAAGGGGUAUCUCACUUGGAUGAUUCCUUGUUUUCAGGCUAUAAAAAGACCUGGGAUAGGAGUUAGACAAUUGAAAAGGGGGCCUUGCAGCAUUGGAAUGCAUGACAAGUAGAUGUGAGUAUUCCUUCUGUGAACCCUUAAAGUUAUUUUAUUGAGUUGAUCUGAAGUGUAUUUUUGCUCUGUGAUAAAGGGUAGAUUUGCAACUUAAGGAUGGUGCUGGUAAAUCACUCUGCUCUGGGAUUUUUUCUUAGCUUACUAAGAGCAAGAAAACUGCAGAGACAUUUGAUUAUAACGACUUCAAAAUUUAAAAGAUGGCAUACUGUUCCUUGAGGAAUAAAUGUAUUUGUGGUUUAACCUAUAGUCCCUACUAAAGUACUACAUUUCAUUUUGUUAGAGAGACUCAUAUCAUCACACAUACUGGGUCUGGUCUUGGUCUAUAGCCAGUCUAUACUAAAGGAUAAUUGCAAAGACUCUGGAACCAGACAGCCGAGGAUUGACUGUCAGUUCCAGCACUUUCUAGCUGGGAAACUUUGGGUUAUAUGGCUGUGCCUCAUCUUCCUUGCCUGCAGGCUGAGGACAGCCCAAAUAUCUAUGUCUUAGGAUUGUUUUGAGGAGUAUAUAUAUAUAUAAGCUUAGAACAGAGCCUGGCAUACAAUAAGUAUUAGCAAUCAUUAUUGUUCUUACUGAAGAAUUAAGUUUGUACAGAGCUAUCCUUGGAACAAGAUUUUAAAGUAGAAGGGUCACGAUUAUGAGGGAAAAGUGUUUCCCAGAAGCUGAAAUUUGAUUCUUGGCUUACCAAGAAAUGGUCACCUUCUUAAAUUUACUUAUUGAAUAAGUGGAAGAAAGAAGAAUCAUGAAUAAAACAACACUGGUUAUCAAAAAAUCUCUUAUGUCUCUGUGGAAUGCAGUGAGCUGGACCUUCAAAACAGUUUAUUAGAAUGAGAGAGAACAAGCCACAGGAGCAUAAAACAAAGAUUUGGUUUUUACUCUUGGGAAGAAGGACCAAAGGACUUUUCAGCUACAGCUGCAAUUCUGUAGUGAGGCUGAGCCAUAGACUACAGGUUUGACCAUAUUUCAUAGCUGUUACACCUCACUGUUUUCAGGUAUACCCUCCAGUAUUCCAGUUUUCGAUAGUUGUUAACUCCUCCCAAAAAGACCAAGUUUGUCUGUGACCCAGAACACAGUUAUGGUAAUAUAGUAAGCAAGGCUCAGUUGUGCUGUAGGUACUAAAAAUUGCAUAUUAUUCUAAAAUCUGUCUCUCCUACCUAAAAUGACAGCUUUCAUUAAGGAACUUAAAACAUUAACAAUAAAAUCUUCAUGUCUGGCCUUUUAACAAAAAUCUGUUAAUCAUCCCUAUUUUUCUGGUUGUUUUCAAGGUAGUACUAGCAAAUGUCAUAUGUAAGGAAUUUCCAUUUCUACCAGUGAUUUUGGCCCUCUAACCACAAUACA